AGCAGACUGGGCAAACCUCGUGAACUGCGUACCGCAAUCAGUGCAUUGCGAGUCUCGGUCCCGACUCCGUCGACCUCCCUGGAAUUCAUCCCAAAUACCCUUCUAUUCUACUUAAGCAGGCAAACUCCCUUCGAUCUUUAGGAAACAGACUUUGCAAGCAUCGUACACGACAGGCUUCACAAUCUCGUCCAGAAUCAUAUGCCGACUUGACCUUCUCAAGAUACAAGCACUGUCAAGGAACUACUGUGUUCAAAGAGAAGAUUGAACACAGCGGAAGUUCGCUUAGAAACCAGUCCGAGUUGGAAUGCCAAAUUAAAGCCUCAUGGGGGCAGAUCGGUGCAACAACACCCUUUCGUGGGACGGUGUCCUCUGUCAACACUGUCGACAUCUAUUCGACACGAACGUUGUACGUUGGAAACAUGAGCAAGGAUCUGAUACAUGCCGGCGAGAGCUACCUGAAGAUCUCUCGUUCCCAUUUAUCGCUCCACGUCUUUGGUGGCACACUGUGCCAUCACUCAGAAUUUGUGCUUCGCAUUCUUGCAAGCUUUGCGAGAUUGUGCUGUAUUCCAUAGGCGAUGAGAAGUUGGAGCAGUUGGAGUCGUGGGAAGCUACUAUACCGGUACAAAUUUGGGCUGAUGAUGGGUUCUCAAACAGAUUCUGGGUGCUAGGACCUGAACAGGAUCCGAGGCCAGAAGCAGAAGCGUGCGAUGCCGAGCCUAAUGAGAAAUAUCGUUGGAUCAUGACGGUUUUAAAAGUACAAAAUAUCUCAGACCAUGAGCCAUUACAUUCCCACGAACUUUUGAGCCUCUCUACGGACUCAGAAGAGACAUUUGCGCAAAUUGAUGCCUGGUUGCAUGCUUGCAAAUCUCAUAAAGCCUGUAGAGAUAACUCAGCCUUGCUCGGUCAAGACAUUAGAACAAUGCCAACGAAACUCCUGGAGCUUUCACACGGCGACGAACAUCCAAGCGUCAGGCUUAUAGACACUUCAAGGACUGGAGUGGGUGAUAUCCAAUAUGCCACACUCAGCCAUUGCUGGGGAGGUAACCUUACUGCCAAGCUGCUGAAGUCACUGGUCGAUGACUACAGGCUGAACAUCCCGUGGGAAAGCCUGCCGCUGAACUUUCAACAUGCGAUAGCUGUCGCGUUAAAGCUCAGUAUACGGCACAUAUGGAUUGAUGCGUUGUGUAUCGUUCAAGACGACAACGAGGAUUGGAAUCACGAGGCCGCUCGGAUGGGCGGUGUCUAUGCCAACUCCUUUCUCAACAUCUCGGCGCAUGACUCGAAGGACGGAGCUGGUGGUCUUUUCAGGAUGCGAGAGCCACGUGGCCUCCAAUCCUUCUUCGUCCCUCACCAGAAUGACACCACCAGCCGCUGUGGCUCUAUCUUCUACAACGACAGAUGGCGGGACUCAGUCUAUGUUGGAGCCCUAUCGAAUCGAGGAUGGUGUGUGCAAGAGAGAUUUUUGGCACCGAGACUGCUCCACUUCACCCAAGAAGAGGUUCAUUGGGAGUGUCUGGAACUUCUCGCUGCCGAAAGCUCCCCGACCUGCUUUAGUAUUACUCACGAGGAGCCCUGGAAUGCGACGAAUGUCCAGAAAUCUUUACUUCAGCGUGGAGCAUCUGCAGAGCAAAAAACGUAUUACACCUACCAAUUGUGGUAUCAGUUGAUGUUCGCAUACUCUAGAGGGGCGCUGACUUUCACAUCCGAUCGCCCAGUUGCCAUUGCUGGGUUGGCUCGAAUAUUCUGCCGACUUCUAAAUCUCGCCGACCGCGACUACCUUUGUGGGCUGUGGCGGCCGCAGCUCGAACAUGAUUUGAUGUGGGAAAGCGGUCAAGACUGGAUCACUGCCCCUGCAACUUUGAGGGUACCAGGCUUGCCAUCAUGGUCAUGGCUAUCUCUAUGCACGGAUGUACGGAUGAAUCACAAUCAUCUUGGAGACGGCCAAGGCACGUUAGAAGUCGUCCAAGCUUUCACAAUGCCCUGUAAUGACCCUUUCGGAUCAGUUUCAUCCGGUGAAGUGACACUACGAGCACCUCUUUGCCAGAUUACGAUAACAGAAACGGAGCGGCCGUCCCGCGGUUCCUUCAAGGAACGGAAUCUUUUUUCUUUGCAUGUCGGUGGACAUUUACUACGCGAAGAAAUGCACUUCUCUUUUAGUCCAGAUGAUACUACAGACACUGGUCUGCGAGAGAUCUCGGACGCCCCUGUAUAUCUAAUGCUGGGACGGGCCAACGCACUUGGAGAACCAAUGAUUAUAGAUGAAUCUAGCGUUCCCACGUACGAGGAAGCAGCAGAUUGUAAACACGCGCCUCUAAAAGGCUCUGGCUAUGAAUGCUUGGUACUCAAAGAGAACGGCCCCGUUGGCUACUUUCGGCGCGUAGGAUACAUACGCUUCGAGCCAUUGCAUUUUCAGUUCAUCAGUAACCUUUCUGUGGAACAAGCGAGGAUGCUUCGCCGCGAAGCUGAGGGGAUACUCCACGAGCAAUUUGUUCACGGCAAGAUACCUAGCGACAUAUGCGGACCGCCAAAUGACGCAUACAUGUAUACGCUUACGUUGGUCUGAUUUGGCUUAUACCAGCGAUCAAUCCCCCGCAUUCUCACAGUCUCGAAGUAAUGAA